CGGCGAAUUUCAUUCUUAAGGUCGUUAGACAUGCACAAGGUGGCAUCUGAAUUUGCGGUCUCAAAUGGUAUACUUACAUAAAUAGCUUGACGGUCUAUAGGAAUUCUUAAGGUGGUCGACGGAAACCCAUCUCUUUUAUCAUGUACACUUUUACCAUCUCCCGUACCAAAAGUAUUACUAUGUCGUGCUCAAUCAAUCCAACGUGAUUUUAACUUGUUAUAUCACAGGGUUGCAAUGAAUCAUGAAUUUCUGUAUGAUGUGUUGAAGCCCGUUCUUGCUGUUGACCCUUAUCUUCGCUCAUUAUGGGGUAUAUAUUCACGAAUUCGAACUAACGAAAUUACUCAGGUAAAGAAAUUUUGUUUGAAAUCGAUUACACAGAUUUCAUGUAUCCCGAAAGUCUGCCGAUCCCUGCUUAGAGUUUUAUAACUGUUUAGACUUCUGAAAUAUUACUCGGUAGACUUCUCAGGUAGCGUGCACUGCACGAUACAUGCUUAAACGAUAAAAAAUCUUAGUAUUAUUUGCCCGUUCUUGCUUUAACAUUUACUCAAGACGUUCUGCACUCCGAACACCAAAUAUGGGGGAAUAAAGAGGAACCUUAGAGAAAUUCUGUGGAAAAUGUUCAAAUCGGUAUGAAUGUAGCCGACAAUCCAUCAAAUCUUCGCCUCUUUCUUAGCCCAAGGAUAUAGUGUUAGGACUGAACCGAUCCGAUUAUAUGCUUCAUGUACAAGGAGAUUUAUGCGAUACUAAACGGACUUCUCUUGCGAACCGGUUACAAAGUACAGUAGUAGCCGCUCAAUCUGAUAUUGAGACUCAAGAUGAAGCUUGGGAUGGUUUGUUGAUUCGACAAGUUGAAUUCAAUAUGAUUGCAUGUAGCUUUUGUGGUCUUGCUCAGCGUAUUGUUCCACAACAUCGUAUUUCCUUAUCUUUGCAUGGAAUUUCAAGCGAUUUAAAUAAUCGUGUACCUGAUUGCUUUUCUGCUGAUAGAUUUAGCGAAGCUUUAUUAUCUGCUUGUCGUAUGUAUGUCGAAGAUUGCUCUAAAAGAAAUUUAAUCACGUCAAACAUAUCUAUUCUUGUAGUUGUUGGUAAGAAUGAAAAAAAUAUUUAUGAUCAACGAGCAUUGAUUGGUUGUCUUCUACUGAAAAAUCCUAAAGUGAAUGUGUUAUAUCAUUCAUUUGAUUAUCUAAAAACUGGUCUAAAAUUGGAUGUGAAUUCCCGUUUAUUUGUAGACAAUCAAGAGGUAGCUGUUGUAUAUUUUAGAACUGGCUAUACUCCAGAUGCUUUCCCUGAUGACGAAACAUGGGAUGUGAAAUAUCAACUUGAACGGUCGUUAGCUAUCAAAUGCCCAUGCAUACAAUAUAUGCUUGCAAAUACAAAAAUAAUACAGGCCGCCCUAUCAAAACCGAAAUAUUUAUCUAGAUUUUUUAAUCCGGAUAGUUCAAGUUAUUUAAAUAUUUUAUCUACAUUCGCCCAUCAAUAUACAUUAGAUGAAGAAAUGGGAAUAUCGGAUUCCACUGAGAUUCAAUAUGUAAUUAACGAUUGUCUAUUAAGACCAGAUAAUUAUGUUUUGAAACCACAGAGAGAAGGUGGAGGGAAUAAUUAUUUUGGAGAGGAACUUGUUCAGAAAUUAAAGUCAAUUAUGAAUCAUUCUGAAAGAAAACUGUAUGUACUUAUGGAGCGUAUACAACCAUAUAUUUUUGAAAAUUCUUUAUUGAAUUCAACUUCAGCUUCUGGAGAAUUAAAUGUCAAGAAAAUGGUUACUGAAUUGGGUAUUUUUGGUGCAAUUCUUGCGUGUAAAGAUGAAAUCUUCCUGAAUGAGUUUUCUGGUCACCUUCUUCGAUCAAAACCACUGGAAUCUAAUGAAGGUGGAAUAGUAGCAGGUUAUGGUUGCCUUGACUCUCCAUUCCUCGUUUAAUACGUUUCAAUUACUUUCAUUUUGCUUCAGUGAAAUAACAAUUAGAAUGAUUUUUAAAAAAUACAUGAUUUGAUAAUUUUAUUCAUUAUAAUAUUUAAAAAAUGGAAACUUCUUAUUCCAAAUAAAUGAUUUCAUUAGGUUGUCA